UCAGUGCAAUAAUAACUAACAUAGAAUGUUAACUUAUUCAUUCGUUAUUCAUAGAUAAUAAUUUUGGAAAUAAAGGCGCUUAUUAUUAAUUUAAAUACUCAAAAUAUUAUGUUUGAUUGAUAAAACAGUUUAAAGUUUACAAUGGAUGAUAAAUGCAACUCCUUAUUAACCUGGUUUAGGUUGCUUGAACCAGAUGCCCAUCAUUCUUCUCUAUCCGACUUAACGGAUGGUGUUGCUAUGUCUCAAGUUUUAAGUCAAAUUGAUCCAGUUUUUUUCUCUCCUUCAUGGGGCGAAAAAAUUAAAACUAACGUAGAAAACAAUUGGAGACUUAAGGUCAGCAAUCUGAAAAAAGUUAUUGAACGUGUAACUGAUUAUUGUACUGAUGUUUUGAAUCUUAAUGUGCAUGAUUAUGCCAAACCCGAUGCUUUGAGAAUAGCUGAGGGAGGCGAUGUAGAAGAGUUGGCUCGCCUUCUACAACUCAUAUUGGGUUGUGCAGUCAACUGUGAAAACAAAGAAACUUACAUAACUCAAAUCAUGGGUUUAGAAGAAGCUUGUCAGAGAAAUAUUAUGUGCGCUAUACAGGAACUAGAGGCAAUGACACCCAUUCGAGUAAAACGAUCAAAAAGUCCAACAAAUGAUGUUGGUCUAAUUAAUGACAAGAUUAGAUUAUUGGUAGAAGAAAGAGAUAUAUUAGCUCAAAGAUGCCAUGAUCUCGAUCGACAAGUGUCUUGUCUUACAGAUGAAAAACUUUCAUUAGUGAAUGAUUUACAAAAGCUACAAAGUCAAUAUAAGUGUUCAGAUACUGCUCCUUUAGUUGCAGAUGGUCAAUCAUUGGGUCCAGCUGAAGAGGGAAGUACUCGUUACAAUGAAAUGAGACGCCAACUUGAUAUGUAUAAAGAGGAAAUUUUUAAGAUUGAAACGGCACGUGAAGACUUAAAAUUAAAAUCGGAAGAACAAGAAAAGCAAAUAUCAAUUUAUAAAAAUAAGAUAGAAGAACUCCAAGGAGGAGCAAUGGAAAUUUGUCGUCUUAAAGAUGAGGUGGAUGCAUUAAGAGAAACUAAUGCAUUGCUCAAAUCAUAUGAAUCCACUGUUCAAUCAUACAAAAAGAAAUUAGAAGAUCAUGGUGAUUUGCGACGUCAAUUAAAAAUUCUUGAAGAUAAAAAUCUGGAAUAUAUGCAGCAAAACAUAGAAUUAGAAGAAACAGCCAAGAAACAAAUGGCAUUAAAAACUCAAAUUGAAGUUUAUAAAAAACAGUUGGCACAUGCUAACGAAAAGCUGGAGACAGAAAUUUCGAAGUCCGAUCGGUUAGAAUUUGAAAUUGUUGGUUUGAAUACGAAAAUUAGUGUACUUCAAAGAGAAAAGGAAACUUUACUAUCUGAACGAGACUUGCUGAAAGAAACUUGCGAAGAACUUCAAUAUGGUGCAUGUGUUAAAACCGAUGUGCUAGCGGAUACAGUUUCCAAGGAGCUUAUAUCUCCAGCCACUAAAAGAUUGAUGGUAACGGAUAAUAAAAUUUCAAAAGAAGAAGGCGACCAUGCAGCUAUGCAGGUUUUGCUGGAUGAAUCUAAUGUAAGAAUAGAUCAUUUGAGAUGUCAGCUUCGAGAGGCAAACCAGAAAAUCCUCGAGUUGCAAAGCUUAGUUCAAGGAAAUCAACUUGAAGUGGAUGUGAAGUUGAAACAGUCGGAUGAACUUGAUAAAGACAAAAGUCAGCGCUUGGAAGAAUCUUUUUCACAAAUUGUUGCAUAUCGUCAAAAGAUCACAACAUUGCAAGAAACUCUGUCUCAGAAAGACGCCGAGAUAUCAGCAGCUGAUGAAAAAUACCGACGGUGCAUAGAAAAGGCUAAGCAAGUGAUUAGAAGUAUAGAUCCUAAAUAUGGUAAUUAUUUAGGUGCAAAUGCAAAUACUGCUAAAAUGUCGUCGAUUGAAAUGGAAACUAGAAUCAUAGUAUCAGCAUUUCAUCGAUUGGGAUUAGUUUGUCACAGAGAAGUAUUGGAUCAGAGAUUUGCACAAAUUAGUCAGAGUCAGAGCUUUCUAUCUAGGCAACGCCAACCUAUAUGCCGCAAAUCUAUUGAAAAUUACAGAAAUAAAUAAGAAUUACAUGGUCUUAGCAUGGAAAGGCUUAUAUCAUAGUUGUAUUUGUUUAAGUAUGUUUUUUGUUUUUGUUACAAUGACCUCAUAUUCCUUUCAAUUUUGAUUUGAAUAUAUUUUGUUGUAGUAAAUUG